CUCCGCCUCAAAGUCCACGGGCUGCAGGGGAGAGUUCAGCGGGCGGUGACUCCCUCUGGACCCGGUGGUUACCUCACAGUCUCCCGGGGAACGUGACCCAGCAGCUGCAGCUCCUCCGGUCGGCGACAUGAGCGGAAAAGGUGAAGUUUCCCCGGCCGGGGCCGAGGAGGAGAGGCGGAGGAGGAGCAGGAUCAUCAACGUGGUUUAUCUCAUCACCGCGGUGGACACGACGCUCAUGUUCCUGCAGUUUUCUGUCACUCCGUAUUUGGCAAAGAAACUGGGCUUCGACACUUUGUGGUUUGGUUAUUUACAAACCACGGUGGGCGUCAUUCAGCUGUUCGGGGGUCCGGUGUUUGGAAGGUUUGCAGAUCUCCACGGAGCACGAGCAGCUUUGUCUCUGGCCUUUGGUGCAACUGUGGUUUUCUUUCUGCUUAUGGCCGUAGCAAGCAAUCCUCUGAUGCUGUUCCUGCACAAAAUCCCAACGGUCUUCAUGCACGUCCUGCCUGCGUCUCAGAUGGUCAUCACAGAUCUUUCCCACCCGGAGAAGCGGGCGGAUGGUUUAUCCAAACUGGGUCUGAGUUUUGGCAUCGGCAUGAUCGUCGGCUCCACGUUGGGCGGACAACUCAACACGCGCUACGGGGAGACGUUCACUGCAUGUUUUGGUGCAGUGGGGAGUUUCUUCACUCUGCUGCUGGUUUUAAAGUUUAUCCCCAAAACAACCAAAGAUCAAGAUUCAAGCAGCAGCUCAGAAGGUGAUGACAAAAACAAGUCAUUGUUCAACCUGGGAGAAAUCACGAGACUGAUGAAGUUCCCAGGAGUCGCUCUGACGUUUGCUGUGAAGAUAGUCGCAGGUUUACCAUCAGGGAUUUUUCAAGUCAUGUUUUCGGUGAUUGCGCUGGACUUCUUCAAGUUGCUGCCGGAGCAGAACGGCUACAUGAUGGCGUACUUCGGCAUCGUGUCGAUGGUGAUCCAGGGCGCGGUGCUCGGCCCUCUCACCAUGAGAUACUCCGAGCGCUCGCUGCUGCUCCUGUCCAUCGGGGUCUCGGCUCUGGUCGGGCUGGCUCAGAUUUACAUCGAGACUGUGUUCCAGUUCUGCCUCAACGUCGUCCCCAUGAUGUUUUCUCUCAGUGUAUUUGGUGUCAUCACGAGCACGAUGUUGACCAACAGCGUCCCAGCGUCCGACACAGGCACGAUGCUCGGGUUGUGUGCGUCGGUGCAGAACCUGCUGCGCACGGUCGGCCCGACCGCCGGCGGCUUCCUGUACGUGAACUACGGGAUCUCAGCGAUGGGCCUCAUCCAGUUUGUGGUGAAUUCUGGGGUUUUAGUUUUUCUGAUCCAUCGUGGGAUCCCGAAGAAAACGGAGCUAAAGGACUGAAACACAAAAUAGAGCUCUUCUACAGUUUCUCCAAAGAGAAAGGAUGGAAUAAGUGUUUGAUUUUUAGGAUCAGUUGUUUUUGUACAUUUACUCUCACACACUCUGCUGCAGUUGUUCCAUGAUGAGAUUCACAUGUUUCCUCCGGUGGUUGAUGCUCAGGACCGAACCACUAGAUGGCAGCAAACACCUCAUUUGACCUGACGGUGGUUUUCCUCAUGUUCACAGAGACCUUUUAUAAAUCAGUCUGCUGAUGUGGAGAUUUUAUUAUACAUCAGAAAAUAUACGAUUAUAUAAUCGCGACAUUUGUAACGAUCUUUAUUUUCUGUUGUCGUUGUUUCUCAAUAAACAUUUUAAUUCAAA